AAAAGUUUGUUUCACCAUAGUUUCACAGCAGUAAGGUGAUGGCGGAGUAGUGAUGACCUAAAAAUAAAGUGGACGGAAGUAGAAUUAUUGUCUUACGCAACCAAGAUACACCCAAAAAGCAAGAUACAUGCGAAGAGCUCUGGUUUAAGCUGUGUUGUACAUGUAAUGAAAGCCGGGUCUGUUUGUACCAAUGAGCUCAGAGGUCAAAUUUCCGACAAACAGGCUUGUUGCUGGCUUGCAACACCAAGAGGGCCUAAGAGCGAAAUCAUAUAAAAUAGCCCAAGUCAAGCGAAAUAGAAAGAAGGCGAUGAAGCCGAGCAUCGACUUUAACGAAUGUUUGAAAGAUUCUCCCAAAUUCAGGGCUAGUGUUGAGGAAAAUGAACAAUCAAUUUAUGACUUGGAGACACAUCUGGAAAAGGUCUCAAAAGCAUGUAGCUCUUUUGUUGAAUGUGGAAAAGUCUUCAGAUCCUCAAUGGGGAGCCUCAUUCAUGAAUUUGAAGGCUUAUCAUCAUUGUUCAAAGAUGAUUUAUUUGUGAAUGGUGCAGUAACUAAGAUAUGUUCAAAUCUCUCUGAUAUAAAAAACUUCUUCGGGAUUCUACUUGACCAAGCACAGAGGUCGAUUGGCAGCAAGCUUCACUCAUUUCUAAAAGAUGAGAUAAAAAAGUUCAAAGAGACAAAGAAGCAUUUUGAUAAAAUCAGUGAUGAACUCGACAGUGUAUUUGCCAAGAACUCCCAGCUUCCAAAGACAUGCAAAGUGUCGGAAGCAGAAGAGGUAGAUAAUCUACUUUUGGCAACAGAGUCGGCCUUCAACCACACCUCCUUGGAUUACGCAUUCCAGAUCAACAUCCUCCAAUCAAAGCGACGAUUUCAUAUCUUAGGCCAGAUCCUUACAUUCAUGCAUGCACAUACGGCAUUCUUCAAGCAAGGCGGAGAAUUGGUGGUAUGUUUGGAGCCUUAUUUGAAGGAGCUCGGAUCCAGGCUUGAUCAUAUGCAAUAUGAAUUUAACUGCGAGCAAAAAGAGAUGGAAGAAAGGCAUACUUUGGUUCAGAGAAAGAACGAAAUGAAUCAAGAAACAAGAAACUCAUUGUCGAAUCGAAAUGGGAGCUUGCUAAUGGAAGGCUAUUUAUUCAAACGUGCAAGUAACGCAUUCAAAACAUGGAACAGGAGAUGGUUUACGAUACAAGACAACAAGAUAUACUAUCAAAAGCGAUCUAAGGACUCACAAACAGAGCUUGUGGAUGUUCGGCUAUGUACAGUAAAGCGAACAGACGAUGUCGAACGAAGAUUUGCCUUCGCACUUGUAUCUCCCACCAAAUGCUGGUAUUUGCAGGCCGACAACGAUCAAGUCCGUCGGGAUUGGAUAGAGGCAGUUCAGGUUGCGAUUGCCAAAGCCUUGAAUGACCCACAGUAUGACGAAGAUUCUUCUUCCUUUGACAAAAGCAUGGAUCCACUAGAGAAGCUACAUCCGCAGUACCUGCUGGAACAAAUACGCUCACUUCCUGGAAAUGAUGUUUGUGCCGAUUGUGACAGCCCAAAUCCGAAAUGGGCCAGCAUUAAUAUCGGUAUCACCCUGUGCAUUGAGUGCUCAGGUAUUCACAGGAGUCUUGGAGUCCACAUAUCCAAAGUUCGAUCCAUCACAUUGGAUGAUUGGGAACCCGAAUCUAUCAAACUUAUGUCGGAGCUUGGCAAUCGUGUCAUCAAUGACAUCUACGAGGCAAACGAGGAUGACAGCAUGAAGAAGCCAAAUGUUAGCAGCUCAAGGGCGGAGCGAGAAGAAUGGAUCAAGGCAAAGUAUGUUGAAAAAAGAUUUGUCAGCAAAAUUCGCCCCAGAAGAACCUCUGCUGCUGUGAAGCGGUUUAGACGAAAGCAACCGAUUAAAAAAUUCCCAGAUGGAAAAAUUCGGCGCUGGUCUGCCAAGAAGAGUGAUGUUGAAGCGGCCGAGAUAUUGCUACAUCUUUCUGCUGAUCGAGAGGAGAACCAUUCGCCAAAAAUGGACGAAGAAGAAAAUAGUAAACAGAAAAUGGCUGAAGAUUCGAACGGAGAAGGAUGUCCAGUGGUGGAAGGUGGGUCACCAAGGAAAAAAGACGGAUCCACGCAGGAAUCAAAUAUAUCCCCAGAGGCGACAGAUGGAUCCCCAGGGUUAAGAGCUGGAUCUCCAGAGGCAGAGAUAGGAUCCCCUGGAUCGGAUGUAGACAAUAACAGAUCGGUAAAUGCAGAUAUGAACUCCCCAUCCUCUUUUGAUGGGGGUUCCCCUGCAACUCCGCACUUAAGGCGUUUGUACGAUAGUCGCGGUACAGAUUCGGCAACAAGCUCGGAUGAAUGUGAAACAGAAGAGGAAAUGCGGAGUUUGCCUCCAAAUCAGUUGCUCUACCAAGCUGCAAAGCUAAAAAAUAUGACAUUGAUGAUCCUUGCCCUUUCAAACGGUGCAAAUGUCAAUUGGUCAAACCCUGAUCAUGCAGGUAUGACUCCGUUGCACCAGUCAGUUGCAGGGGGCUCGGUUAGUGUAAGUGAAUUUCUGUUACAAAAUGGUGCGAAAAUAAAUGCAAAGGACGAUGGGGGAAGAUCAUGUUUGCACCAGGCCGCUCUUCUUGGGAGCACGGGGCAUGCCUGUUUGUUUCUGAAGCGUGGUGCAAAUCAGAGCUCAAUUGACGAACACGGAGAGGAUGCUUUGCGUAUAGCAUUGAAGUAUUACCAUGCAGAUAUUGUUACUUUAUUGCGACUUGCAAGGAUGAAUGAAGAGCUAAGAGAAACAGAAGUGAAUACAUCACCUGAUGAAACAUUCUCUAAUGUGAUAAAAGACUUUUCAAACAUGGCCUCUCAACACCCUGAAAGACUAAAACGUGGCACAGAAAGACAUACAAGUGUUUGAAAUAAUUCCUUCUUGGUUCUGUUCUAAACUUUGUAACUGAGUUAUCUGGAAUGCUUCAACAGACCGUUUUGUUGGGUCACAUGUGAAUGCUGAGAUUCCGUUUUAAACACAUCAGGAAUAAAAAUUGUCUCCAACUAUUGCUUUUUUUUGCUACCAAACACUAGAUGCAUUUGUUAGACAUCAAAUCAUAAUUGUGCCAGGGGAAAGGGGAAUAAAACAGAGGUACAGUACCUAUUUGCAGCUCACAGAAAUGCCCCCUUUUGCCUGCAUGUGCCCCCACUUCUGAAAUGCUUCCUGUCCAUAGAAUAAAACAUGCAUGCUCCUUGUAAUACUCUAUGUCAUGCAUAAUUUGAGUUUUGCCAAAAAAUUCACAAAACAGGAUUCAGCCUGUACAAUCUAUAUGGUAUUUUCUUGCUCAACACCCAAAGCCUGAGGCCAGGAGAAACUUCCUGGGGUGGGGGGGGGGGGUUGUCGUUGCUAAAGCCAAAACUGCAAAAUAGUCUCUCUUGCAGUUAGUUGAUGCAACUAGGACUGUUUAUGGCUCGGGCUUGUGUCUGGUGGCAGUUCUCCAUGAAGCUCUGUUGUUGACCAAAAAAUAAUAUUUUUCUGCUAAGCCUCCCCCCCCACCCCCCCUCUUGUCUGAAGCCUGCAACAGCCUAAUGCUAGAAUUCUUCUGGUUUAGAUGUUAAAUCUUAGCAACAUCAUUUGAUUAAAAUGGAGAAUGUCAUUUAUAAACUUGAUUUUCUUUAAAGUGAUUUUUAUGUGAUGGUGCAGAGAUUGUUAAUGCAAAAGCAAAUCUCCUGCAAGUGAUUUUUAAUGUAAAGGAGUAGUAACUAGACAAUGAAACUUUUGGCAACAAAUUUUCUUAAUCAUUGUGGGAUUGUGCAGUCUUUCUUUGCUAUUCUUUAUAUGUUUACACAUGGAAUCAUUUUGCAAUAGUUUGUCUGAUAGAA